CAUUUUUAGUGCAAGAGAGGAACUAGACAGAAAUUCAAACAACCGGAGAAAAAUAUCAGUGGCUGAGGAUGACUAGUAAAACAAACCGCACAAUGAAUGUGUGAACAGUCUAACAGGAAAUAUUUAUUUUAGUCUGAAACGUUUUAACUAACUGGGUCUGAAUAUAGUAAAGACUAGAGAAGGAGCUGUAACUACGUGUGAGUGAGUUUGUUGUUGCUGUUAGGAUGUCUCCGCUCUUUCAUUUGUUGUGGUGUUCUCUGGCAAGGUUGGGAUUGGAAAGUGCGUCUACUGGUCUAGAACAGGUAGUAAUGUGGUGAUGUGCUGUAGUUCAUUCAUUCCUGAAUUGAGACUGCCUCUAGGGAGCACUGAGAGUCUGUGAGGCACCGUACCAGUGAGACAGUGACUCAGUCUAGGCUGAGCUCUUGUGGUGCUUCUCCGUGGUCUGACCUCGGUUCCACAGCGUGCGCCAGUCACAGAGGAGCUCAACUUGAGAUCCUGAAGAGCCUCCUGUGUUUCAGUGAGUAUUGUGACAGCAGCAGGAGUAGUCCAUUGAAAUCAGCUCACACAACGGGACACGGCGAGCUCAAACAGGACGGUAAAUCCACAUAAUAGUCACCUCUGAAAGCCUGCUGUCUUUAAACAUUGUUCCUCUUUUAAAGUGUGCCAUGAGGGCAGAAUGUUUGACGCUGGUUGUCUUAUUGGCGCUGGAAUAUAUGUGUCGGAGUGAAGCCAUGUCCACCUGUAAGUCACUGGACUUGGAGCUGAUGAAGAGAAAACGCAUUGAGGCCAUCCGUGGACAGAUACUGAGCAAGCUGCGGCUGCCCAAGGAGCCAGAGAUUGACCAGGAGGGAGACUUCGAGAAAGUCCCAACCUCCCUGAUAUCCAUCUACAACAGCACAGUGGAGCUGAGUGAGGAGCAGGUGCACACAUGCAUACCACCCACUCAGGAUACAGAAGAGGAAGCAUACUUUGCAAAGGAGGUCCACAAGUUCAACAUGAAACAAAGUGAGAACAACAUUAAGCACCAAAUGCUCUUCAACAUGUCUGAGAUGCGGUCUGUAUUAGGGACAGAUCGACUGCUCUCUCAAGCUGAGCUCCGUCUCCUCAUCAAAAAUCGUGGCAUGCAGGACAGCAGCGAGCAGAGGCUGGAACUCUACAGAGGCGUUGGAGAUAAGGCACGUUACAUGAAGUCCCAUUUUAUCUCAAAGGAAUGGGCCAAUCGCUGGAUCUCCUUUGAUGUUACACAGACUCUGAGGGAGUGGCUGCAAGGGGCUGGAAAGGAGCAAGGAUUCCAAUUGAAGUUGCCUUGUGAUUGUGGGAAAACAAUGGAAGAAUUCCGCUUUGAAAUAGCAGGGAUGAACAAGCCCAGGGGAGAUAAAGAAACUCUCUUCAUGAACAUGCCAAAGCCUCACAUUUUACUGAUGUCACUUCCUGUGGAACGCCACAGCCAGCUUAGCUCUCGGAAGAAACGACAAACCACUACUGAAGAGAUCUGCUCAGACAAAUCGGAGAGUUGCUGUGUGCGAAAGCUUUACAUUGACUUCCGUAAGGACCUGGGCUGGAAAUGGAUCCAUGAACCCACUGGCUACUUUGCUAACUACUGCAUGGGCCCCUGCACCUAUAUAUGGAACACAGAGAACAAGUACUCCCAGGUACUGGCUCUGUAUAAGCACCACAAUCCUGGAGCCUCUGCCCAACCUUGCUGUGUUCCACAGGUCUUGGAGCCCCUACCCAUUCUCUACUAUGUGGGUAGACAACACAAGGUGGAGCAGUUGUCCAAUAUGAUUGUUAAGUCCUGCAAGUGUAGCUAGAAUUACAUAUAUAUCCAUUUUGUUAUUCAUCGUAUUUCCUUGUACUCAUGGAGUCCUGGCGAAAAUCUGGAUGUAGUCCAGACAUCAUUUCCGAAUGUUAAUAAUAUUAUUUCACAUAUUUCCCAGCUGAGGAUUUCCCUAUUCAAUGAUUAGUGGAUGUUUUUUUUUUUAUUGUAAUUUAUUUUAUAUAUAUACACUGCUCAAAAAAAUAAAGGGAACACUUAAACAACA